CGCUGUGUGUCUGUGUGUGUGUGUUUGUUAGUGUGUCUGUGUGUCUGUGUGUGUGACUGACAGGUCCGAGUCACGACUGGAACAAUGUAACAGACGUUUAGAAACAAAGUAACACAUUGACGUCCAGUUUCCACAUUGACGUGACUGUCUGUCAGGUUGAAAACAGAAGCUCGAUUCCUAAAGAAAGAGGCUCAGUCAGGAAAGAAACACAUGGUGACUCGGCCGUUUCUUCGACGGGACUUCUGUUGUGCUCCUGCAACCUAAAGUUAAGAUGGCGGGUGAGAGACACUCAUCAUCAUGUUAUCUAGACGAAAGGACCUUCAGACAUUGCUGCCAGGUCUUUCUCCAACAUUCAGUGACCAUCCAGGACGGCUGGAGCUGGGAGGAGAUCAAGGGUGCUGAUGAAGGCUUCAUGAGGAAGACUGUCCUCAUCCCCGUCAGAUCAGACACCUCACACCAUCACGAUGUGUGUUCAGUGCAGACAGAAAACACAGAGUCUCUGACAGAAGAACUUCAGGCAGAUGUUGAGGAUGAAGCUGCUGGAGUUCAGGCAGUAUGUGAAAGUCCUGUCGUUCUGCGAUAUGAAUAUCAUGUUGUGUAUUCCAGCAGUUAUCAGAUCCCGGUGCUGUACUUCAGAGUCUCCACGUUAGAUGGAAGGUCUGUGUCUCUGGAAGAAGUGUGGAGCAACGUUCAUCCAAACUACAGACAGAGAUUAAGACAGGAACCGUGGGACACGCUCACCCAACAGGAACAUCCUUUACUGGGUCAGCCGUUCUUCAUGCUUCAUCCGUGUCGCACUGAGGAGUUCAUGAAACCUGCUCUGGAUCUGGCACAAUCCCAACACAAGAGGCUGAAUUAUAUUGUGACGUGGCUGAGUGUUGUUGGACCUGUGGUCGGUCUGGACGUUCCUCUCAGUUACAUCACUGCCGUGUCUGCUCCAGACUGAAGAUCCAUCACCCUCUCUAUGUACACAGAACACAUCAAACACACACAUGUGACCAUGAAUGUCUUCAGGAAAUGUUUACAGUUUUUAAAGCCAAAUAAUGUUUUUCUCUGCUCUUCUUUACAUCUGUAGUGUGUUAAAAUACACAAACGAAGCCUUGAGUGUGUGCGUGCAUGUGAUAUUAAACUGUAAAUCAUG